AUGCGUUCUCCUAUGCCCGUUCGACUGCUCGCCUUGGUUUAUGUAUUCCAUGUGUUGAAGGUCUCUCGGGGAGAAACUCUCAAGCUAGACGUCAAGUACGAAGAAAUGCCUAUGGGUUUCGGAUUGUUUCAUACUCUGGUCGACGCGUAUGGCCAGGAGCUACAUGCUCACGUUGACACUGGAUCGGGUUUCUUCUUUCUCAUCUGGAAGAAUUGGUUGGAGAGAGCCAGUGGACGUCCCUGCAGUGAAUGGGCCAUGGGGUGUUAUAAAUGUUCGAAGCCUUGCUCUGUGGGUAAAGUGACGAGAACUAUUACUUUCGACGACAAAUACACGGUGGACAUUUUUCAGCAUAAAGCGAAAUUGACGGUGGGUCAGGUGUCGCCGAUCCUCACUUUCGGACUGAUAUUCGACCAGAAUCCUCCCGUCAGUCAAGUUGUGCCGACUAACUCGAUGGGUCUCGGCUAUGAUGAAGGUGCUGUGAAUUUCCCGUCUCUAAUGACGCAGUUGCUAUCAUCAAAAACUGUAACGACGGGUAUCUUUGCUCUCUACUUGUAUCCUCCAGCUGAUCCCUCAAAGCAAACCGUUGAUGGAGGCCUACUCCUGGGUGGAGGCGAUCCUGCAUUAUAUCAGGGUGGACUGAAGUACGUCGACUUCUCUACGGACAACAAAUACAUGGUAAAUAUUGACAAGCUGCAAGUCGGUGAUGGACAUAUAACUCUUGGCAUCAAUAUGAACUUGCACCUCGACACCGGCUCCAACUAUCUAUACGUCCCAAAAUUAUACUUUGACAGUCUCAUUAAGGAUAUCAAAGCUCAAACUGACAAGGCUGCGGGUACGCAUGUCGACUUCAAGUUCGACCCAAGGGAGGAGAUAUGGUUCUUCCCUUGCCAAUACAUGAGUAAGUUGCCACUGUUGAGGUUUGACUUGGGCCCUAAGGGCAUAACUCCAUUUACGAUGACAUACAUGAACUAUGCCAGGAAUACAUCUAACGUUUGUUCACUCCUGAUCUCGGAGGACAAAGGGAAUAUUUGGUAUUUCCUCGAUCGUAUGCUUAUCGGUAACUACUUUGAGUUCGACCCUACUUUCAAACGAGUCGGAAUCGGGAAGUUGAAAUCGCAUUCUCUGUGAACAAUUCUUUCUUUUUGAACCCACGGUCCACGGCAGAAUGCCAUCCAUUAUCGUUGGCCAUUUCAUGACCGUUCCGUGGAAAGACCUUCAGCUGGAUUCGCCAUUCUAGUAGCGUGGUUCUACAUCUGAUAUUUAGAGCAAUGCUAUUCGGCGAAUCAUUCGUUUCAUUGAGAGAAUAUUUUCGGCUAUGUCAGCAGAUUA